CAGGUGGUGUGGUUAGUGCGAGGGCCGUAUCUGAGUCACCGGACACAAUAUGAGUGAUGUGUGAUGCAGAAGAAGUGGCAGAAUCAGUGCAAGUGGCCUGGCUCUGCUGUUUCGGCUUCGGGCAUCUUUCUCGACCUUUUUUUGGCGGUCUCCGAGUUGAAGAUUGUGGAGGCGGAAAAGAAGUAAUUUUUGUAAUAACAACAUCUUUAAGUGGGUCUGGUCUAGGUGUCCUGAGGACAAAAACAAAGUUAGAUUCAUCUUCUGAGGAGGACGCUAUCUUUGAAAGUGACAUGGCGACGUUUGUCGUUGAAGAAGACACACGUCAGGAAGAAAAGGGAGAAGAAGACAAAAAGAGAAGGAAGUGA